GUGCAAUGAUGACAUUGGAACGAGAUGGUUCUCGCAUCUCCUUGAAUCAUCUCCUGCACCAGACUCAUCGCCUUCCAUGGCUUUGCUUUUAAAAGCCAGCCUUAGAGCUCCUGCAUAAUUUCACUCCCACGUGCAAAAGAGCAAAACCCUCCGUCCUACACUACAGAAUCAACUUUGUUAUAUUUUAAGGGUACGUGACUAGAACCUUGCUUUUGUUUUCAUGAAAUGAUCUGAAGUUACAAUCCAUAUCAUCAGCUUUAAGCAUGAAGCAUGUGAUGUUUUCACGUGCUCUCACUCUCGGAAUAUGCCUUGAACUGGAGAAUCAUAUAUGAUGCUGUGCGCAGUUUUUUCGUGUGAAAGAAGAAGGGUUUUCUACUUCAUUUGUUGGGAAGCUGAAUUUCGCGUGUUCGGCUCUAUCGGUUGAGGUUAAAAGCAAUGGCGGAGGACGAACAAAAGGAGGCGUUGUUGCAGAAGCGUUACUAUGAGAACUGCCCCGGCUGCAAAGUCGAGAAGCUCAAGGAAUCACAGAGAGGCUUGCCGAUCCGCAAGCUCGUGUCUAUCUGGAUGGUCGUGCUUUGCGCCGCACUGCCAAUAUCAUCUCUAUUCCCAUUCCUUUACUUCAUGAUUAGAGAUUUUCACAUCGCCAAAAGAGAGGAAGACAUUGGGUAUUAUGCCGGUUAUGUCGGUUCUUCACUCAUGUUUGGUAGAGUCUUGACGUCGCUCUUUUGGGGAAUUGUGGCGGAUCGCUAUGGGCGAAAACCCGUUAUAAUUAUGGGAACAAUUGCAGUGGUUAUCUUCAACACUCUAUUCGGCCUAAGUGUGAACUUUUGGAUGGCCAUUGCGACAAGGUUCUUUCUAGGAAGUUUAAAUGGUUUACUAGGACCGAUCAGGGCUUUUGCGAGCGAAAUAUUCCGUGAGGAGUACCAAGCGCUAGGAAUAGCAACAGUUAGUACAGCAUGGGGGAUAGGAUUGAUUGUUGGUCCAGCUCUGGGUGGUUAUCUUGCACAGCCUGCAGAAAAGUUCCCGUCGAUAUUUUCCAAAGAAUCACUGUUUGGAAGAUUUCCCUACUUCUUGCCCUGUCUCCCCAUCUCACUUUUCGCAUUGGUAGUUUCUAUCGCGUCGUUUUGGCUUCCGGAAACAUUGCAUAUGCACCAUGGAAGUAGCGAGCUUGAUGAGUCUCGCGAAGAUGUGGAGACCGCGUCCCUCGAGUCCAGGACAAAACACAAGAUGCAUAAAGUUGAAGGGAAAGCUCCGAAAAAGUCUCUGAUUCGAAAUUGGCCCUUGAUGUCAUCCAUCAUCGUGUACUGCAUCUUUUCGCUUCAUGACAUGGCUUACACAGAGAUCUUCUCUCUAUGGGCCGUAAGCCCUAGGCGAUUAGGGGGUUUAAGCUACACAACUGCAGAUGUUGGAAAUGUUCUUUCUAUCUCAGGUGCCGCCCUUCUCAUCUUCCAAACGUGUUUCUACCCAUACUUGGACAGACUUCUCGGCCCGGUUGUGCUAGCUCGCAUUGGUGGGGUAUUGUCGAUACCCCUCUUGUCAAGCUACCCUUUUAUAGCCAUGCUGACCGGGCUAAGUCUCUCCAUAGUGUUGAAUUGCGCAUCCGUCGUGAAGAAUGUUCUGUGUGUUUGCAUCAUCACUAGCUUGUUCCUUCUUCAAAACAAAGCCGUGGACCAACAUCAGAGAGGAGCUGCUAAUGGAAUCGCAAUGACAGCCAUGUCUCUAUUCAAGGCGGCUGGUCCAGCUGGAGGAGGCACAAUAUUCUCUUGGGCACAGAAGCGUCAGGACGCAGCCUUGCUCCCAGGCAACCAGAUGGUCUUCUUCAUCUUGAACGUGCUCGAGGCAAUUGGGGUGCUGAUGACGUUCAAGCCGUUCCUAGUCCAACGCCACGACUAAAAGAAAAGAACAAAGAAUCGAACCCGCAUGAAUUCUAAUAAUAGCCCUGCUAAAACUCAGAGCAGAGCUUGCAAGAGAUCAGCUGCCAUUCGAUUCUUUCACAAGGUGGAGCAGCAUUUGCCUUCCACAAAGCCGAGCAGGCCUUGUUCAGGCCAAGAGUCGCGAUCCUAGUUGCAUUAGCAAUUCUCUCUAUCAUGUAAUUUUCUACAGAAUUAGCGUCCGAAAAGGAUGAGUCCCGCGACGUUGUAAGGACAGUGCAAUUGAUUGAAAACUGAAAAACCAGUUGGGUCCA